GGGAAGCGCUCACAACAAACAGUCUCCAUGUUAGCUCUUCAGUCGGAGCGUCACUGUUAGCCGUGUUUUAACUGAAGGAGCUCACUCAGCUGAUUUAAAAGGUGGUGUUUGGUGUUACUGGACUGUACAGACGUUCCCAUCAUCCCUUGCAUUGUCUAGCUGAGGCAUCAUCAUCAUGAGGAGGAAGAGGACGAGGAGGAGGAGGGUGGUGCAGCCCGUUCUCUGAUCUCUGUCCAUCUGUAUGGAGGAUGUGGUUCUGCACUACCAGCCUGGAUCAGCUGUUGGGCUCAGCUCUCUGUUGGAGAGGACAGAGAAGCUUCUGGAGUCUUUCCCCUGCCGGACUCCUCCGGUCUUCACCCCCUGGUUCCCGGACGCCGCCGCAGACCUCCACCUGCCCAUCAGACCGGCCAAACCAGCUCCUGUUAUCACCGGAACAGACAUUCACACAGCACAAAACAAACCACAGAAACCCGACGCCAACGGUCUCGUUGAUCGUCCACCUGCAGAGACACCACCUGAGAAUCCACAAGAUGCCGUUGGUGUCUCAGGAACCCCAAAAUGUCUCCUCCCAGAGAGACAGGUCACCAGACUGCCUCCUGAAAACACAGACGGCCUCCUGGUCACACACUCGCCCGUCAAACGGUCCUGGAGCGUCUUCACUCAGAAAGGAGUCCUGCUGCCGAGCUCGCAGUCGCUGUCCAAGCAGUUCCAUCACAUGGUGUCCGUCCACAGGCUCCACCUCCACCAGAGGGCCAAGUGGGUCAUCAGUCAGCACAACUGUGGGGCGGCCAGGGACAUCGAACAGGUGUGGCGGGCUCUGAGCCGGUCCGUCCAGAGCUCCAGGCUGCCGACGUGCAACGCCAACAUCCAGAGGGAGCGGGCGGAGAUCUGGGUCUUCUGUGACGUCGCCCACUGUGAGCGGGUGGGACGUCUCCUGAAGGACGAGCUGCAGCUGUCGGGGAGGAUCGGCCUGUCGGUGCGAAGGCUGGGAAACAUCUUCAGCAUGUAGACUAGCUUCAGCCGGAACAUUACGAUCAAUACAGACACUCAGGUUUUUACUAAUCGUGUUUACAGGCUGUGAUUAUGAUCACUGGUCUUCUGAAGGACAGGGACAAACAUUUUUAUUAGUCAUGCUAACGUUAUUAGCGUAAGCCAAUGGCAUUUUACAUUGUAUAAAUUAGCCUAGCAGAGAUUUCCUCUCCUCAUAUGAAGCCAGGGACAACAGCAACAUUUAACAAAGGUACCGUUACAACAUUCUGCUCCAUUACAGCUCACAGGGUUCACUGACAACACAAUUUGUCUGACACACAAAUAUAAAUCCACCUGCUCCUGUGUAGGAGAGGUGGUGGAGCCUUUUGUAUAUCUGUGCCCACAGUCCGCCCAUGAAUGUGUGACUGCUGGACAAAAUGGUUCAAACUGGCUCCUAAAUCCAGGAUGUGGUGUUUAACUCGUCCAACACGUGACCAGGACUCUCCUAAAACAUGAUAACAGCAUAAACACUGAACGUACAAACUAUUGUCUGAACUGCAGCUUUUUACGCUGAGCGUUCUGUGUCAUGAAAACAAUCCUCAUCAAUAUUUUAUAGAACUCUGUUUCAUUAAUGAACUGAACCCUCGAACACACUCGUCUCUGUGUGUGUGUGUGUGUGUGCGCCAAAUGUUUCUGUGUGUUUAUGAAUCUGAGAACAGACGCUAGUGAAUGUAUUUCUUAUGUUGAUUUACUGAUGUAAAUAAAGGUUUAAUAUUUUUAA